AAGGUUUGCAAAAUGAUGUUCAAUCUUCUGGCUGUUUUGCCAUUGUUGACGUUGGCAGCUGCCAAAUGCAAAGUGCACGAUAAGACGUUUACGCCGGAUUAUGUACUUGAGGCUACGCUUGAGGAUAUAAAAGUCAAUUGCAAGUCCCGUCAAUCGGUCAUUUUUAACGGGACUUUUCCUGGACCUACGCUUUACCUCAAAGAAGAACAAACAGCCUGGAUUCGUGUUUACAAUCGCGUACCAGACCAAAAUAUCACUGUUCAUUGGCAUGGAAUAAGCCAACGAGCCGCACCAUUCUCCGACGGCACACCUCUCGUCAGCCAAUGGCCCGUUCCCGCGAAUCAUUUCUUCGAUUAUGAAGUGCGACCUCAGCGAGGAGAUGCGGGAACGUACUUUUAUCAUUCGCACGUUGGACUCCAGAGCUUGACUGCGCAUGGGGUGCUGAUCGUCAAGGAUGCCGAUAAACCCCAAUACAAGUACGACGGAGACAUUGCGCUUAUCGUCGCUGAUAACUACGCUGCAGACGAUGAAACAAUCGAGACAGGACUUCUUGGGGAUCCGUUCAAGUGGUCUGGAGAGCCUCAAGCAAUUACGAUAAAUGGCAAUUCUGGAAAUCAGAGUUUCGAUACUGCUUCUGACAUUAGCUGCACUCCACAUGUCAUUGAAGUCGAUCCAGGCAAGACCUAUCGAUUGCGAUUUAUCGGCGCGACUGCUUUGUCGAUGAUCAAGCUUGGCAUCGACGGGCACGACAAGCUGACAGUCAUUGAAGCUGAUGGUUCAUACACCAAGCCAGCCAAGGUGGAUCACGUUCAAGUUUCAUCCGGUCAGCGCUUCAGCUACCUGCUAAAGGCAAAGUCUGCGAAGGAUGUUUGCCAUGGAGAAGAUUCCCAGUUUUGGGUCCGAUAUGAAAGUCGUGAUCGGCCUAAGCAGAUCAGUGGUUACGCUAUACUGAGGUACAGAUGUCCGAAGGGACCAAAGCUACCAAGGACUCUGCCACCUGCGUCGCCCGUUGUCUUGCCAAACAAGACUUACGACUACCUUGAGUACAAGCUUGAAGGUCUUUCGGAGUAUAACAACAAGGCCUUCCCGCGUUUGAGCGAGGUUACGAGAACCGUGACCAUCCAGAUUAAUCAGAUUCUGACGACUGGACAAUAUGAGAAUGGAACUUUGAACGGCACAGUCGCCUGGGCCCAAAAUGGUCUCCCAUGGAAGGAAAGUGUCCAGGCAGAUCACAACCAAGUCCCAUAUCUCAUCCAGGUCUAUGAAACCGGCCAAACACCCAACUACACGCUCGCUUUGGAGCAUGGCGGAUUUGAUCCCAACACAAAAGCUUUUCCAGCUAAAGUCGGCGAGGUUUUGGAUAUCGUAUGGCAGAACAACAACGGCCCUACAGGAGGUUGGGACUUUCAUCCGAUGCAUGUCCACGGCUAUCAUGUCUACGAUCUAGGUGCAGGUAAUGGCACGUACGAUGCCCACGAGAACGAAAAGCACUUCAAGAACUUCACACCUGUUCUUCGAGACUCGACUAAUCUCUAUCGAUAUGCCGUGAAGGGCGUACCUCACCAUACAGCUGGUUGGAGAGCGUGGAGAAUCAAGAUUACUGAGGAAAACAUUGGAGCUUGGAUGAUGCAUUGCCAUAUUCUUCAGCAUCAGGUUAUGGGUAUGGCGACUGUCUGGGUGUUUGGCGAUGCACAGGAGAUCAAGGGCAAGUUCCCUGCUCUGCCGUACUCGCAGGGUUAUCUGAACUAUGGCGGUAGUGCUUAUGGUACUGGUGGAAAGCCUCCGGCUGUGAACCACUAUUAUAGUGGUGAUAACUAGGGGAUAGGCUGGAGAUUCAGUUUGUAAUUCUUGUCACUAGUUGACAUGAUAGAGCUAGACUCGACUUUUUAGAGUAGAAGUGUGUAAUAAGAGAUUUAUAUCUAUUUUUCA